CUGACAGAAAGUGAAUUCAAGGAACCAAUUCAGUACGAUUAUGCUCGGGCUAUUGGAGAUUUGAAUCCUGAUGAACUGUACGACAAUUACAAUCCAGGUCCAACUUUGCCGAAUGGUGGGAUAAACUUUGAGUGCCACUGUGUAAGUCAUCUAGUUGCAAGUCCGUGCGGUUAUGAGUUCCGUGAAGCGAUUACUUGUCAGAAGGCAGCAUCUGAGAAGGAUUUAGAGGACGGUAAAUGUGCAGACGAGUUUAUGAGGUUUAUGGAAUGCGUCAUCAGGACAGACUGCUUUAAAUGUGAAUUUUCAAAGGGAUUUGGUACAUCGAAGACAUACUGUCUUAUUCUCGCGUUCAUUUUUAAUUAUCGUUUAACGAAUUCCCGCGGCAGGACGAGGUUUAUGGUAAUGCAGGGUUAUAAAAAUCUGACUUUAGUUUAA